ACAAGGAGAAAAUCCAAAAUUGGAAACUCACACUCAACAAGCACCUUACGAAUUACAAACAAAUUCUCAGAUCAAUCUGCUACAACCAACACUUAGAAACUAUCAGAGAACGAAUAUAAAACAGAAACAGUUACUUCAGUAUAAACAAGAAACAGAUGAUUCGGAAUUUAUUAGAUGA